CAAUGGCGUCUUUGUCCCUUGAAAAGUGAGGACGGGGAUCGGAAAUGUCCAUCUUGGAGCGGUGGCGUCUCGGACUUCCGGAGUUCCCAGUCGACCGUGAACGCAGCGCACUUCCCCCGUGGGGGAAAAUGGGGAAAAGUGAAAGGCGACGCCCCGGUGACGGUUCGGAGAGUCCCGUCGGUCGUUCCUCGAGUCUUCUGCCUCGCCUCACUCCGCCCACUCGGCAUUCAAGCGAGCGAGCACGUCUUCUUCGUCCGUGCCGUGCGCGGUUGCUUCCUCUGACCCGCACUUGUUGUUUAUUCAUAUUUUUUUUUUUGUUCUAAAACUCUUAAGCAGCGUUGCGCCCCAAAAUAACAACAACUGUACUCAUUAAUUUCAAUUUCGAAGAAGACUUGCAAGAAUGGCCGAUACGUCAGCGUCAGGCUCCGGUGCCAGCUGCAUGGAGAAGCUGAAAAGUUACGUGAGGACCCAAAAAGGGAUGAUCCUCGCGGCAGAAAUAUUCGUCAGUUUCAUCAUCAUCAUCUGCUACGCGGCGUCCCUGUACGGCGGCUACUCGGCCGUGGCCAUCUGCGAGAUGAUCUUCGCCAUGGUCUUCUUCGGCAUCUUCAUGAUGGAGCUGGACAAGCAGUUCCAGCUGGUCAACUGGAUGUGGAGCGACCUGUUCAGGGCCGGCAUUGGCGCAAUCCUUUACAUCAUCACUUCCCUCGUGUGCGUGAUCGGAGGAGCUGGGGACGGCGCUCGCAUCGCAGGCGGGGUGUUCGGGUUGAUUGCUGGUCUGCUGUUCGCCUACGACACCUACACCAUCUUCUUGGAAAUCAAGAGCACCAGGCAGCACACUGCAACCAGUACCGACGACAAAGUCUAAGCACGCCGACGUUGUGUGCGCCUCUGAGUACUCAGCGGGCGGCACAACGAGGACCUUUGCGCAGCGGAGGCGAGGGGACAAAGGACAGUAAAAGGAACAGAUCACAGUUCAAAACCCACGUCAACACCAGAAAUUUACUAGCCGCGCCGAGGAGGAGGAGGAGGAUGGCGACGCGGCGGCACCGCACAUCUGUCCCUGCGCGUCAACCACGACCCCCCCCCCUCCAACCUCGCAAAUCUAAAAGUCAACCCGGGAUCACCGCUAAAAAGGGAAAAGUGUAAAUGAUAGGCGACGUCAAGCGAUGUCAGUCGUCCACCGGCUCUUCUCGCGGAUUUUCUACUUUUAACGGACUGCUGUAGUUAGCAAUAACUGCUUCACUUAAACGUGUAUGGGUUAUUGAACAUCAUAAUGAUCAGCCUAAUUUUUUUUGUUGUUUUUUUUUUUAAUAAUUGAUGUCCUUCGCUGUGUGUUGGAGUUAUUUGAAAUUCCACAAUCCUAAACACUUGAAGUCAUCAUCCUGCUUCAAUCGAGUCAUUUUAUACCCAAGUUUUUUUUUUGGUUUUGUUUGAAAACUGCUGACGUCCACUCGCCAUAAAAAAUAUCAUUCUUGUGUGUCACAGUGUUACACUGUGUGGUGCCGCAUUUUCAUAAGCAUCCGUUUUUCUUAACCGCUAACACGUUUCUGUACAUUUACGUCGCGUGAGCUCCGGUUGAUUCGUUCGUUGAAGUUCCCCAUUUCCUGCUACAGGACACACGAAGAAAAGCGGUCAAAUGUGUCACUAAUUUGAGAUCAAUAAUAUUUUUAUGUUUCUUCACCUUCAUGCUUGAUAGUUUGUUUAAAAAAAAAAUGCCAUUGUGCUUUAUUAAUGUGCUUUACAAAUGUAAUUUCACAGUCUAAAGCAGCUUUAGCUUUGGGAAAUAAAAGCCAUUGUUACAAC